GUAUUAAUUUUUCACAUGUUACUCCAGCUUCUUUUUUACUGUUAGUUAUUUUAUGACUCCCCUUUUGAAAAAGAGUAGAUUUGGGUGAAUGAAAAAGCAAUGAGUGGGUUGGAAUAGCCAAGGGAGUGAGGGAGGAGUCUGAAGGGAAGAGCACAAACCAAAGGGAGGGGCGCUGUUUUUGUCUUCAGCUGUAACAAGACAAGACCGAGCAAAUGCCUGCAGAUUUUUCCACUUUUUCAUUCUGCUGUCUCUUGUUUUCUGGCUUAUUACUUGUGGAGCGCAUCUAAAUCCCCCACUGGUACCAUGGAUAAAUUCCAGACAGUCCUACGUUUCUUCAUGAACCAGAAAGCCACAAUUGGCUACAGUUUUAUGGCUCUCCUGACGAUAGGCGGGGAACGAGUCUUCUCCAUGGUCUCCUUUCAGUGUCCCUGCAACCAUGACCAGAACUUUGCCUAUGGGGUCACGUUUCUGCUUGGACCCGCGGCUGUGCUUCUGGUCUUGGGUCUGUUCUUCAGUGCCAGGUUGUGGAGGCUUUACACUGGGUGCUGCCUCAAUCCCAUGAAGCUUUGUCCCCGUGGAAGAUGCUUUGGAUGCUUCAGAGUGUUAAUGAGCAUCUUUACGGGAGCUUGUGUGGCUCCUAUAAUGUGGCUCUCUGUGGCCCUGCUCAAUGGCACUUUUUAUGAGUGCGCUGUCAGUGGUCUCGACGAAAACCUGGUGGUGGAUCUGUUCUGUAAAAACAAGACCAUGAAGUGUCGGGAGGAGCUAGCCAGAGUUCCCUGUGGCAGGUCCAAGUUAUCUGAUGAGGAGCGCAUGGAUCUGCUGCUGAUGUUCAGGGCCCAAUCUCAGAUUCUGGGUUGGUGCAUUAUCAUCAUCGCAGCUACAUUUGGGCUUCUUGGAACCUGCUACACUAACUGCCGUUCCAAAGUUAGCUUCCUGCAGCUCACAUUCUGGAAACGUUAUGUGGAGAAAGAAAAGGAGCACUUCGAUGCCUACACUCUGGAGUAUGCCUCCAAACUGGCUGAAAGAAACCUACAAAGUUUCUUUGAGAACAAGGAUCCCGUUCCAUUCCCUUUCCCCAACCACAAGGCCUGGGAGGAGAUCUCAGCACUCUACGCUUUCUCAAGGAGCGAACAAUAUUACAGUACCUUGCAACGUUACGUGGAGAGAGCAGACAGGGACUUUGCUCCAGAGAAGAGACCUGUCAUGGACUUGGAGCAUGGAAUUGAAAUGAAAUAGACAUUUUUGUGUGUGUGAAACAAACAGCAGACUGGGGAGAAUAUUACAGAACCAUUGAAGGGCUCAACCACUCUAUUUCACUGCCUCGUUACUUUUAAGGCUAUUAAUUCUACAAAGGCCAUGCAUUGGAUCUGCACAUACAUAUGUAAAUAACAUAUUAGAAAACUUAAUAAGUUGCAAAUAAUAUUCACUUACUAUAUGACUGACAAUACUGUGGUUUUGGUAUAUCUAUUGACAAGUCUAAGUACUUUCCGAGUUUGAAUGCAACACUUUGAUAAUGGUGGAUACAUUUGAGUGUUGAAAAAAAUGAUUGCAUGAUCUCUGUAUAAAAACAUGCACUUAAACUUGCAUAUGUAAAACGAACACAGCAUCUUUAACAUGGUAGUGUGACAGUUAAACAUGCAUUGGUACAUCCGUGUGAGUAGAUGUAAGAAAAUGUUUAUUUUGUGUAAACAACAUACAGUCACUUUUUUUUUUUUUUUUUUUUGUUCUUGGGAGUCCCAAAGUCCAUUUUUACAACGCAAUAAUGCAUUUGUUAAAUACAUUUGCUCACUGACAUGGUUAAAAGCAAAAGAAGCUGAGCCAAUGAAUUGGUCCAGCGCUAACAGUUAAAACGCGCAUUUGCAUCGUUUAAAUAAAGUUUGAGUGUGUGUCCAUUUCUACAGUGAGAGAACAGUAGGACCUCACUGACCCUGUCUGUUUUUCCACCAAUAAAACAGGUGUACAAGUCUGUAAGCUUUUCCUGGAUUAAAUGAAAUAUGCUUUUUUUUUUUUUUUUUUUAACAAUUUCAAACUCUCCCCAAGUGUCUGUCUUAACAUGCCUUUGACACGCUUUCAUCAAAAUGCCCUGACGAUCAAGAUUUAAAGAAUACUUUACAUCCUGUAUUUUUCGUCUUGCUGAAAUGGGCCCUUAUUGAGGCGGCGGUUCCAUCUCAUCCAAGUGAGCGACCAAGGCAAGCAGCUUCAACUUGCCGAAGCGUUAACGUGAGCGCCGGUAAAGACAAAAGUAUUUACAGGACGGCAGCAAAUCAUAAACCUGUCACUUAGCGUGCAGGGUCACUGGUGUGCUGGCGCCUUUCCCAUCUGACUCCGAAAUUAGGCAUGUUUCCUAAAUUCAUAUUUCAUAUGAGGAAGAAAGGAGGGAGACAAAACCAUUUCUUUGGCCAAAAGAGGUUAAGAAUACCGAAGCAAGCUUUUCAGUUACAACUGUCACUUUAUGUUUCAAUUGUUUUAUGCAUAGAAAUGAAGAAGUAGAUACGCCAGCGCGCUACAUGGUGGCCAUUUUGGGGAGGUCGACGUAAAGACAACGCAUGUACAUUGUAGUAACAUGACGUUUAAUUUGUUGAUAUCAAUAUAUUACAUUUGGCCACCCAUAGGUAUUUAUUUUAUGAUGAUGUGAAUUUUUGCAAUUUAAAAAAAAAAAAAAAAAUCUCCAAAGAUCAUUAAGUUUUGAUAGGACCGACAUGUCGUGUGUGUGUGUGUGUGUGUGUGUUCCGGGUUUUGUCUUCCCCUCCCUGUUUCACACACACCUGCUCCUGUGAGCAUCUUCACCACCUGUGCCUCGUUCACCCUAAUUACCUAUUGUAUUUAACCUCGUGUCUCAUUCCCUCUCGUUGCCAGUUCGUUGUACCUUGUCGUCACGUUCCAGCAUUCCUUGU